AUUAUUUUCAGCAGUAGGGUUGAUAACAUCAACAAAAAUCUAUGAAACAGCUGAGGAGCAUGAAAUUAAAAUCUUUACUGUAACUCUGCUGCACAGACAGAUGAAGGACACCGCCCAGUGUAGUGAGUUAAUAUUAGCCCUCCUUCACCCAUGACUGAACUGGUAAUAUGCUAAUACCUUAACAGAGGUCAAUCAUGGUACAAACACACCAGUAUACUCCACCAUACAGACGGCUGAAAGUAGAAGGACAGGAUGAAGAGGCUGGAAGAAGCUCCUGGGAGUGAGACUGAAGGAAAAAACAACAACUGGGAGGAAGAAAAUCAAUCAGGGACAUCCCAUAAUACCAGUCUGCUCCUUACUGAUCGAUGGAAACCAUGCCGACGAACCCGAGCAGCUGUUAAAGUGUGUCUGUUGAAGCUGAGCUGCUGUCUGGAGUCAGUGUGUGGGAUGGAGUGGUAUGGCUACGCUGCUUUAGGCGUUUUGACUGCCACACUCAGCUUCUUCAUGGACCUCAGUGUGACAAAGCUGCUCAAAAAACACGGCAUGAUCAUGUUUCAGUGGCUUUAUAUGAAGCUGGAUGGAAACAGUCUGCUUCAGUUCUUUUGCUGGACUCUUUACCCAGCAUGCCUCUGUGCUGUCGCAGCAUCCUUCUCCCACAACAUCUGUCCCUUCUCUACAGGUUCAGGGAUACCUGAGGUGAGAGCGAUGCUGUCCGGCGUUGAAAUGCCUCAUUACUUGUCUCUCACCAACAUGUUUACUAAGUUCCUCGGCCUUAUCUGCACACUGUCAGCCGGCAGCACAGUGUUUCUGGGCAAAGUGGGUCCCUUCGUGCAUCUCUCCACCAUGCUUGGAGCUUACCUGGACAACAUCUGCUCUCUCACACGAGCCAGUAAGAAGGUGAAACCUGUCAGAGAAAUGUUGGUUGUAGCGUCUGCAGUCGGGGUAGCGAGCUGUUUCGGAGCUCCCAUCAGCGGAGUUCUGUUCAGUGUGGAAGUGAUGAGUUCUCACUUUGCCCUGAGACAUUACUUGCCCUGUUUCUUCUCGGCCGUCUGCGGGGCGCUGACUUUUCGUCUGUUCUCAGUGUGGAGUGGAGAUUUAGAGACGCUUCAGGCCAUGAUCCAAACUAAUUUCCCCACGUCUUCAUCUUUCUACCCGCUGGAGAUUCUGCUGUUUGCUCUCCUGGGACUGCUGUGUGGAGCUGUGGGCUGCUGCUUCCUCUUCCUCCACCGGUGGAUCCUGAACCUCUGCAAAACGAACCCGGUCUUCAUCAGGAUGCUGACGACAGAGAAGGGUCUAUACUCAGGCAUGGUGGCCUUCCUCCUGGCAUCUAUGACAUUUCCCUACUCUGCUGGUCAAUACAUGGCUUCUACGCUCUCCAUGAAGCAGCUCCUCACCUCCUUACUGGAUAGCAGGCAGUGGAUCUCACAAUCCCACAAUGCAUCUGUUCAGCCUUUGUCUGAGUGGAGCUCAUCAGGGAGUCCUGUCUACCUGUCUCUGGCUGUCUUUCUGCUCGUGAAGAUCUGGAUGUUGGUCCUGGCCUGCACUAUGCCUCAGCCAGCUGGAUACGUCAUGCCGGUGUUUAUUUACGGUGCAGCUUUGGGACGUUUGCUUGGAGAAGGAGCAGCUUAUGUUUCUUCCACAGGAGCGACUUCAGGCCAGCCGUGGGCUUCUAUAAAUCCUGGGGGUUAUGCACUUGCUGGUGCAGCAGCCCUCUCUGGAGCCGUCACACACACUCUGUCUCCAGCUCUCCUGGCGGUAGAGUUAACGGGUCAGUUCAGCCACGUUGUACCAAUCCUCCUCGCCACUCUGCUGGCCAACGCCCUGGCUCGGUCAGGACGCCGCCCAUCUUUCUAUGACGCAAUCUCCAUCAGUAAAAAGCUCCCAUACCUUCCCUCUCUGAAGAAGGCAUGCCAAAGGCUUCCCUUCACACCAGUCGGACAGGUUUUAGGUGCAAAAUCUGUACAGCUUCAAAAAGCAGCUGAGCUAGAGGAGGUUCAGCGUGCUGUCAACACCAGCACUGACACACAAAUCCCUGUGAUGGACUCGCACGAGUCGCAGAUUCUGCUGGGGUUCGUUCUCCGAUCAGAGCUGCUGAUGUUCCUGCGUCACUGGAGGACUGAGACACCAGAGAAACACCUGGAUGAGAUCUGCAGCAUUCACCCAGCCACCAUCCUGUUAUCACCUCACAACACCGUCCAGGAGGCCCACAGCAUCCUGAGUCUGCUCGGAGCCCAGACCUUGUUUGUCACAGACGGAGGAAGAUUAGUUGGAACCAUUACAUGGCCAGAGAUGACAAGAAUAUUAGAGGACUUGGCAAAAGAAAUCUCAGCAGAGACACAGAGAGGAAAUAAGCCCAUCCCUUGACCUUUUGAAGCAACGAUGGAUCCAUCUCUGUCAGAUUAGCCUGUAUCUAAUAAUGACUUGACUUCUUCGCUGCCCAAGCAUAAUUAUAUUUCAAAACAAACAAAACUGCUAUUAGCCAGAGACUACGCCGCUAAACAUGUAUUAGUGCCUAUUGUCUUAUUGUAAUCAGCAGGAUCUUUUCCACUGAAGAGAUUACACUGCCUCAUUCACUGAGCGGCAGUGACACAGCGUUUUUACAUUUCUCUCUUCAAAGAGUUACUUUCAGACAGGAUGGAGAAGCUUGUAAAGCAGCUUGAACACCAGUUUGAACCUUUGCAGUGUGUUUCUUCUGUAAGAGCCUCGGAAGACGACUUUGUGUUUCAGAUUUAAUUUUAGCGUUCGAGGGAUGUCCCACUAGGCUCUUGCAUCUUGUGGUGUUUAAAUGAUUCACUCAGCUGUUGUUGUUUUCUUUUCUUGAGAUUUAUUUAAAAUCACUGCAAAUAUAUUGCAUGUUUAUACAUGGACAUAGUCUCUGUGUCAUCACCCACUGGUUUCUGGAGCCAUGUUAUGGUACCCAUCAAUACACCAUGCUGAAAUGCUUAUUUUCAAUCAUUGUAGACACUGGCAAAGUGGAAGAGCUGAGGCAGGUUUUUUAGCCUCCUGGUUAAACAGCUACAGCACUCCCCCCUGUCGUUCAACUCGGCUCCCCUUUUCAUGCAAAUUUAUAUUUAAGUUAUAAAUCUUUGAAUGAGCUGUAUGCCAAAAUAGGACCAGGCUGUAAAAAUGUUAAAUUCGCUCU